GAGUUGAUGAACCGAGCGAGUACCAUCGCACGACGGAAAACGGCGAUCUGUCGUAUAAUCACCGCAGCGAAUUCCAGUUGACGGUGGAAAAUUAAAAAGGUUUUUACACAAAGUACCACAAUAAAUGCUUCAAGAAGUGCAUGUUUCUGUACUUCUAGUUUCGCAACAGUAUAAAAAAAUAUUUGCUAACGAGGAAAAGCGAUAACUUGCAGCAUAAAGUGAACUUUGUGUUAUUUCUCUAUAUGGGAAAGUGGUUGGGUUGGACGGUAUCAAAUAAUUAAAGACCACUGCUAAAAGUAAAAUUUUACACAAAGAACUUGAUUUAAGGCUAAUCGAAGAAGUGGAGAUCAUAUCUUCUCUUUUUUUUAAACAACAUACGAUAAGAAACGCAAUAAGAUGUGGAUUCAUCCGAAAGAAAUGCUAAUGCCACCAGCUUUUUGGAUUGACGAAAUGCGUUCAAAAUAUUUCGUGCUGCAAAAACGUCGUGGCCACGGAGAAACACGUAGCUUUACUUCACUCCUUGUGAAUACUUUGGAUAGUGUAUGGGACACAAAGCCACCACCGUAUCGAAUCCUACACCAGACACCCAAUUCCGAAGUUUAUUACGAAAUCGCCAUUGGGUUAACACAAGACGAAAUCAUUAAAGAUUGGGAAUGGCUUGCCGAACACCUUUUCAAAGUGCUCAACGAAAUGGAAAGUGAGGAAGAGAUUACAAACUUUACAAUCUGCAAAAUUCAAUCUCUAAACGCACAAAAUAAUCACGAUGAAUCAGAUGAAUCGGCUAAUUUCAAAGUGGCAGCUUCGAAAUUCCAGCAAAUUUUCGAAAUGCCCAAAGAGGAGCGUUUGGUUACUACUUAUGCUUGCACUUAUGUCAAAAAUAAAAUGCCACAUCAAGGUAACUUGUACAUUUCGUUAAAUCACAUUUUCUUCUAUUCGUAUAUGCUGGGUAGUCAAACGAAGCGAGUCAUAAGGUUUAGUGAACUGGAAGAUAUUAGAAGACACGGGCAAAUUAUAUAUUUGAAAACGGUUAACAAUGUUCACUAUAAUUUCACCUUAUUGACUGAUGUAAAAGAGGCAUAUGGACUGAUUGAGCAGCUGAGCAAAAUGGCUAUACAGCAAAAGAUACAGGACCCGGAUAGUCCAAUAGUCGAUCAUGAUGCAUCAGUAUUUCAACGCUUCGGUCGCAAAACAUCAAAUAAACCGGGACUUUUGCGGGAUUUGACAGCUCGUCAAAAAUCUGAAGAGUAUCGUAACUAUUUUCGCUUACCACAGUCGGAAAUCAUUGAUGGUCAAAUAAGGGCCAACAUCUGGACCCCAUAUUCGAAACGCUAUGUGGGCGGCAACAUUUACCUGUCUCGAAAUUUCUUCUGUUUUCGCAGUGAUGUAACCGACCUUGUCAGCCUUGUCAUUCCAAUGCGUAAUAUUAAAAGUGUUGAACAGAAAAAUGAUGGCCCACAUCGUUAUGAUAAUCAAAUCGUCCUACAUACAGCUGAGAAUGUACACUUUGUGUUCGCGCAAAUUGUCGACCGGGAGGUGUUGGUGGAAAAAAUUAGCGAGCUGCUAUCACAAUUCCACGUUCCUCUCUGCCGUGAGCGUGCAAAAUACGAUAUAUCCUGGAGUAAACAAGCCGCUCUCAUGAACUCAUUUAAGACUAAUUUGAGUGAGGAAAUGUUGAAGAUUCAAGAACAAAAGCUGGCACGCUGGGAGUUACAUUUCCGUGAUUUUGGGCGCGGCAUUUCAAUGUUUCGUACAACAGAAGUAAUUAAUUUGAUUGUGGAAGGCAUUCCUGAUAAACUGCGUCAGGAGAUCUGGCUAGUAUUUUCCGGUGCAAUACACGAGAAGGAUAUGAAUCCUGGCCUCUAUGAAGACUUGGUUGAAAAAGCUGCAUGUAUUAAGCAAUCCUCUAUACACGACGAAAUUGAUCGCGAUCUUCACCGUUCGCUGCCAGAACACCCGGCGUUUCAUCAUGCAGACGGUAUAGGCGCACUGAGACGCGUAUUGCAAGCAUACGCAUUGCGCAAUCCUCACGUGGGUUACUGUCAAGCCAUGAAUAUCGUUUCAUCAGUAUUUCUGCUAUUUUGCGACGAAGAGAAUGCAUUCUGGUUGCUAGCAAGCCUUUGUGAAAACUUGCUGCCUGACUACUACAAAGACAAAGUAGUAGGUGCACAAAUCGAUCAAAGCGUAUUAAAUGAGCUCGUUGAGACAUAUCUACCCGAGUUGCAUAGUCACUUGGAGCAGUUGGGUAUAAUUCGUAUGAUCUCACUGUCAUGGCUAUUAACUAUUUUCAUAAGUGUCAUUUCAUAUGAAAGUUCAUUACAUAUAAUCGAUUGUUUCUUUUACGAUGGUGCCAAGAUAAUUUUUGUGAUUGCACUCCAAAUUCUGGAAUGGAACUGCGAACAGCUGCUCAAAUGCAACGAUGAUGGCGAAGCUAUGCAGGUGCUUUCUAAAUUCUUGGACGGAAUUUACAAUCCAGAAUAUCAACUACCAACACCAGCGGAUAAGCGAAAAUCUAAAACACAAUCAGUGCAAAUGCUUAUCCACGAUGCGUACACGAAGUUUGGCUCCAAAAUUUCGCAACAGAAAAUCGAAGAAUUAAGAAAUAAGCACCGACGUCUUACAAUACGUCAAUUCGAUAUUGACAAUGAAAAUACAAUUGUGAAAUUCCAUACCGACAACAUGUACUUUGACAAAGAGGAGCUUCAUCUACUUCUAGCCAUUAUACGAGAGGAGAAAUCGACUCCACGUAAAGUGUUGCAACAAAAAGCGCACUCUGCACUUGGUGGGGAAUCACCAAUACUGUUGCCACCAACAGGACGUGUUGGCUAUGCGGAGGGUAAUUGCAGCCGAUCCGAAUCUUAUAAUGUUGAUUUCGAAACAUUCCGGACACUAUUCCACGAGUUAACGCCAUGGCGCACCUGCGUUAGCAUUGAUCUAGCAGAAAAGCUGUUUAGGCUGACCGAUAAGAAAAGUACUGGAACAAUAGAGUUCUCACAAAUUAUAAAUGCACUGGGUUUAGUAUGUUCUUGCAAAUACACUGAAAAGCUAAAGCUGCUUUAUAUAUUACACCUGCCGCCGCUGCUUUCGAAAGCUGAAAUUGAGCAGGUCAGACGUCCAAAAUCGAAGGCCAAAGAAGACGCUGAGGAGGCCAUUGAAGCUGAGGACUUUUUCGGCGACGAUCCAUCCGAAUCAAUCGAGGCACUCCCCUCGCCUACAGAUAAUAACUUCGACGAUGACGAGUACGCGCUCAUCACAGCCACGAAACAUUUGCAUUGCUUGGCAGGCCUAUCACAGCCAUCACCAUCGUCUGGCGCCAUUAACGGAGAACGCUUGUCAACGUUCUAUGUUGAUCUACCCCGCCAACAUGUUGCCCCUAUGGACGUUGCUCGCUCACAAAAUGGUGCAACUGGCAGCAGCACUUCGGAUCUUAUUGGCAAUGCAUUGCGUCAUCAAGGCCGUUACGAAUCGACUGAUACGUUUUCGGAUAUUUCCGAUUUGGGUGCCGCGAAGGUGACACCGCCACAAUUAAAUGUGGAAACGAUUUCGAAUUUUUCACAAAUCAGUGAUUUAAUAAUGGCUACCAGAGGAGAUCGUGCAGACUCAACAACUGACACAAAAAGCUUGGGCAGUUUAAGAUAUUUACUUGAUCAACCAGACGAUGGAAAUGCGCCCAAUAAAAAUAUACCAAACAUGAAAAAGGCGAACUUCCAAUUUUUGUGGAGAUCACUUGUAGAAAUAAUAGGAGAGCAAGACGAGGACAUGAGGAAAGCAUAUGAAAAUCUGCUGGAACUUGGUAACAAUAACAUGAAGAAAGAGAUCAGCUUAGACAGCUUUACUCAACUAAACUUGGGUAACGGUGAUGAGCCUGACAGCAAUGGCAACCCAACAACUCCCUCCGCAGAUACUAACGCGACGACAAAACUCUUCCAAGCUUAUGAAGAGGAACUGAAGCAAAACUCCUCCAGUGGGGGCGGCGCAGGCAGCAGCAGCAACAGCUCGACAGAUCUGGACAGUUGGGAAAUAUCCAUAAAUCAGUUCAUUGCAACGGUCUUGGCGGUCACUUCGAUCGUUCAGUGUUUCUACCAGAAAACACCUAUUAAAGAGAAUAUCGAAAAAAUGCAAAAGAAUCGUCGUAAAUGUGUAAUCACGAAUUAUUAAGCAAACGAAGGAAUUGUCUGGGUUUGACGAACAACCUUAACUUAUAAGUAUAAGCUUAAUCUCAAGAGAAUGUUGAGUAAAGUAACAAAAAGUAGUGAG